CUCACAACCCGGGGCAGCUGCAUCUCCACCUGCCCACGGGUCCUGUCCCCGUGCUUUAAUAAACCACCUUUUUGCACCAGAGACGUCUUAAGAAUUCUUUCUUAGCUGUGGGCUCCGAACCUCACCCCUCCGAACCUGACCUAGGUUCUGGGACUUCAUCAUAUUGGCAACCAUGAAGGGAUUGUGAGUCUUUACAUUUGGACUCUGAGCUUCGGUGCAAAAGUGGAACAUGGGAUCCUCCUCUUCUGUGCCCAAGGACUCUCCCUUGGGAUGCCUCUUAACCCACUGGAAUCAAUUCAAACUGCAAGUUUUAAGAAAGAAAAAGAUGAUCUUCUUCUGUAAUACUGAAUGGCCUCAGUACUCCUUAGGAGAUGGAGAAAAGUGGCCCAUAAAUGGGACUCUAAAUUUUAGGUCAAUCUAUCAGUUAGACCUCUUCUGCAGGAAAAAGGGCAAAUGGACUGAAGUUCCAUAUGUCCAAGCCUGUAUGGCCAUAAAUCAGGAUCCGAACCUGCGGGCCUCUUGUAGAAUGUGUCUAACCCUCAGCCAGGUUAGCGGGCCCCUCCCCGCUCAGGAUAUAUUGGAUGAUGACUGUCUAAACAGGCUGAUUCCUCUCAACAAACCCGGGAUGUUGGGGGAACUGCCAGACAGUCCCAAAGAAGAGGACACUGGCUCUGAUACUAUCCCUCCUCCUUAUAAACCCCAAGAACCCUCUGACCCUAGCCCCGCUGGACAUACCAGGAGCGGGACUCCCUAUUUACUAGGAGCUCCAUCUAAGUAUGGGAUGCAUCCUCUUAGAGAAGUUGCUAAUGGAGAAGCAGGCACAAUUAGGGUCCAUGUCCCAUUCUCCAUGGCAGACCUGGCUCAGGUAAAACAACGUUUAGGACGGUAUUCAGAAAAUCCCUCUCAAUUUAUUGAUGGCUUUCAGGAAAUAUCUGUUAUGUUCGAUUUGACCUGGAAGGAUGUAUAUAUCAUCUUAAGUCGCUGUUGCACCCCUGAGGAAAAGAGACGAAUCUGGGAGGGAGCACAGGAGUUCGCUGGUGAACUGGCAAUAAGGGACAGGAAUCAUUACCUAGUUGGGGGUACUGCUGUCCCUAACACUGAGCCGCACUGGAACUAUCAGGAGGAUAGUUCAGGGAGAGAAAAACGGGACCAUAUGAUCACUUGUUUGAUAGAAGGAAUGAAAAAAGGAUUUUCUAAACCUGUAAACUUUGACAAACUCCAGGAAGUUACACAGGGAAUUGAUGAAAAUCCAGCACUAUUUCAGGGGUGAUUGGUAGAGGCUAUCCGUAAAUACACGAAUCUGGACCCAGCCUCACCUGAGGGAGUAACUAUACUAAAUAUGUAUUUUAUAAGUCAAUCGGCACCUGACAUCCACUGAAAAUUAACUAAGAUGGCUUUAGAUCCUCAAACUCCCAUCCAGCGCCUAUUAGAGGUAGCGACUGAAGUCUUUAACAAUAGAGAUGUGGCCUUAAGGCAAGAAAAGGACCGGAGGACUAAAUUGCAGGGUAAGAUACAGGCUCAAAUAAUUGCUGCUGCUAUUGCGGAUUCCCCACAGCACCAGACUAACCAGGGGCCAGCAGCAGGAAAGGAACUAGGUAAGUCCCCUGACUAUAUGUGUGGCCAG